UUCCAAGACUUUAAAAACGUGUUUAUUUGUAAGAUAUCCCAGGCACUAGCUGUGAUCUUAGCAACAAUUGAAAUUGACAUCGAUUAGAGCUUUUUACGUUCGUGACUUGGGAAUAUUUUAUAUUUUAGUAAGACAAACACUUUGCCAAGAAAAUCAUUUUCGUUUUCCAAUCCCACGAAGACCUAAGCGGGAAUCGUGGGACUCGUGAAGAGGCUUAGUGGCUGAACAGCAGCUGGUACUAGAAUUACAAGUUACCCACACCACCAUGUCCAGAUUGUUGUUUGCAGCCACAGAGCAGAUCCAGAAAGGAUUACAUGCUGGCAAGAUGCUAAUUCACAACACAGUUCGGCAGCAGAUGGCUGCCAAAAAACCGACACCGCCAGCACCCAAGAAACCCCCCACAGCUCCGCCACCCAAGUCCUCCAAUCCGCCCAAGUGUCCUGGUGGCGACAAGAAGCCCAGGAAACCGGGCUAUUUUGCCAGCGGUGGCAAACAUGCCACAUUCAAUGAUUGUCCUGUGCCGGAGGGCGACUUCAUGAAGGCCUGGAAGACGAAGAACAGUCGCUACAACAUGGUACUGUUCAGUGGCAUCGUGGCGGCGAUUGGGACAUGGGGCCUGGCCUUGUCCUCAGGCGUGUUGGGUCUGUAUUGGACCUUGCCCCAGUACCCCUACACGGAGGAUGAGAUGGAUGAGUUCGAGUACCAGGAGCAGCGCCGGCAGGAGGAAAGGGAGGAGCGCGAGCAGCGCCAUCAGGACGCUGUUGAAGCCAGGGAGCUGAGCAUCCGCCGGCGCAAGGCCAAGGAGGCCAUGGAGCGCGAGGUGGACCUGAUGCAGCGGGACAUGGAGGGCGGCAUUUCGGACAGGGAGCUGGACGAGCUGCAGCGCCUGGCCGCCGAGCGCGAAGCCUUCGAGAUCUGGGAAAAGGACGAAGUGAAGCGGCUCCAGGAGCUGGAGAAGGAGCGCGAGAAAAUCCGCAAGGAGAAGGCCAAGGCCCGGGCCGAGCGGGAAAAGGAGGUCACCAGGAAGCGCAAGGAGCAGGAGGACAAGUGGGAGAAGGAGGAGGCCGAGCGCGAGAAGGCCCGUGAUAAGGCCCGCAGGGAGCGCGAAAAGGCCGAGAAGGAGAAGCAAAAGGAGAAGGAGCAGCAAGAAAAGGAGAAGGAGAAGGCUAGGAAGGCGGCCGGAAACUAACCGAAAUUCCAUUCUUCAGCUUCCGAUUCCCAUUUUUUUUGUUUCCCAUUUAAACAUUAAUUUGUCAACAGCAACACCCAAAGAUAUCCCCAAUAAUUGUCCUUAUUUUCCAAAAAAAACACAGAAGAGGAUCCAAAGCCAAAAAAAUCCUCUAAUAGUUGAACACUUUUCCUAUGUUUCGAUCAAUGUGUUUAAUAAAUUCCCAGAAUUUGUUGCUGUUGACUGGACU